UUCACUCUCCAGUUCGGAAGCAGAGUUGUGAGAGACAGAGGGGAGAUGAAUCUAUACCAGAGCUUUGGAAACCUUUUGGAGACUUGGGUAACUGAUGGAGACCAGUCCUCGGACACAGGAAAUAAUGACAAAGGCCUUCUUACACCUUCCUCCGAUGUCGGGACAACUCUGCGCUCAGAAUCGGUGGACUCUGGAGUGGAGACAGCCAGCCCGUCCGUGUCCUUGCCUUCCUCCAUCUCAACAGACACCACAGAAAUAGACACAUUGACACCAGAAAGAGAUGGACUCCCCUCGCCUGCCUCACAGUCUCCCAUCCUCUCUUCUCUUCUGUCCGCCUCUUCUUCCUCUCCGCACCGCCGUCCCAGCAGAGCAGCUCGGGUGGACCCCACAGCCUUGCACUUAAAUGUGGAGAAAGCCUUACAGAAGACCGACUCGAUGAAUCUGAAGAACCCCCGAGAGCCCAUCACAGUGGAUGAGCUGCUGGGCCAACGGCCUCGAGCGUUUGGACCCAAACGGCACGCGUCUGAUGUCGCGAGAGGUGAAAGUUCACCCAGUUCAGCCCUGAAGAGGACAUUCAUUUACACAUCGAUGCCCAGGAGGAAGAUGUCAGAAAUGUGCAGACGGCCACUUUCUACGAGUUGUGACAAGCGGCCCGCUCAGACGAGCUCAGAGGACCUCGGUGAGCAGGAGAAGACGCGACUGAGUCCCGGGCUCCGCUACCUGGAGCAGGUGUGCCAAAUGUUAGAAGAAAUUGCCAGACAACAAAUGCACGGCCGAGCUUCACAGAUGGAGACGAAUGCCCUGCAGGAACAUGGAAACACAGAGGGGAUAAAGGCUGCCAGCGCUUAUCAGAGUGACUCGAAAGCUGCUGUCGGGGAUUUCUCUUUUCGUGAGAGUCUUGAUCCAGAAAAUGAAGAGCACAGUGAACCCCAGCCACGCAGAGAAUAUCCAAAGAUGCAUAUUCGGCAGAGAUCUCUUUCUGAGGCAAAUAUUUCAACACUGCACCUAAGACCGUUUCAGGCAGACUGCAGACAUCUGAGUACAGACGACCAGCUGGAGAAGAUUGAGGAAGACCAUGACAAGCAGGGUUCUGAAAAAGGAGCGAUGAGUCGAAUAAGAAACUUCAAUAUAAAAGCUGGCUCUUUGAAAAUAGAGAAGUCGGCAGUGAGAGAUGCAAAAGGCCAACAUGAAAGAAACUCUGCCCGACGACGGCUGAGCCUGCUGUUCAAGUGGAGGAAAACUCAGCCGGUGUAAACGGACCACGGUGUGUCUGUCACGAUGUUCUGAAGAGGAGGAAGCUUUUCUUCAAAGAUUUGAGUGUAACUGCUUUAAAAAUAACUUAAUAUUCAGCUCAUGAGAUGGACCAAUAUGCCAUGUGUAUUUUGUAUCUCCUGUGUACUUGCCUUUUUAGUUUUUUACUGAAAUAAUGAGAUUUUGUGAAUGAAAUUUCACAAAAUCUCAAUGCUUAGUUUUUUUUACAAACAUCAAACUUGUAUCUGUAAUAAGCUGUUGUUGGCAUGCACUGUACAGUAUAUAUCACUAUGUAUAACAUAUAAUGUGAAUAUUUCAAUUUUUUGCAUUUGAUGUUGUUUUGUCCUUCUUGCAACAUAAAAUAAUGUUUCAUA